GCACCGUGCGUCGGGAUAAGUGGGUCCCCGCUGACCCUGCGCUGGUCACACUCACGCCAUGUGGCGCUGCAGCAGGCGGGUCCCUCUGGCGCUGCGGCUGAGCCGCUGCAGUGCCCAUCCCAGAGCAUGGAGGUGGAAUAGUACGAAAGCCUGCGAGAGGGCGCUGCAGUACCAAGUCGGAGAGAAGAUCCAUGGAUUCACCGUGAGCCAGGUAACGUCUGUCCCGGAACUGUUCCUGACCGCCGUAAAGCUCAGCCAUGACGGCACAGGAGCAAGGUACUUGCACCUGGCCCGAGAAGACACGAAUAACCUGUUCAGCGUUCAGUUCCGCACCACUCCCAUGGACAGUACCGGGGUCCCGCACGUUCUUGAACAUACAGUCCUGUGCGGCUCUCAGAAGUACCCAUGCAGAGAUCCUUUCUUCAAAAUGUUGAACAGGUCACUGUCCACUUUUAUGAAUGCCUUCACAGCUAGUGACUAUACUCUCUACCCGUUUUCCACACAAAACCCCAAAGACUUCCGGAAUCUCCUGUCCGUGUAUUUGGAUGCAGCCUUUUUCCCCUGCUUGCGAGAACUCGAUUUCUGGCAGGAGGGAUGGCGACUGGAACAUGAGAAUCCGAGUGACCCCCAGACAGCCUUGGUCUUCAAGGGGGUUGUCUUCAAUGAGAUGAAGGGAGCGUUUACAGAUAACGAGAGGAUAUUCUCACAGCACCUUCUGAACCGCCUCCUUCCUGACCACACGUAUGCGGUGAUCUCUGGUGGUGACCCAUUGUGCAUCCCAGACCUCACGUGGGAGCAGCUUAAACAGUUCCAUGCUACGCAUUAUCACCCCAGUAAUGCCAGGUUCUUUACUUAUGGUAAUUUUCCACUAGAACAGCAUCUGGAACAAAUUCAUGAAGAGGCUCUGAGUAAAUUUCAGAAAAUUGAGCCACGCACCACCGUGCCGCCUCAGAAGCCUUGGGAUAAGCCGAGGGAAUUUCAGAUCACCUGUGCUCCGGACUCAAUGGCUGCAAGUUCCUCUAAACAAACAACCAUCAGUGUCAGCUUCCUCUUACCAGAGAUCACUGACACAUUUGAAUCCUUCACAUUAAACCUUCUGUCUUCACUCUUGAUCGGCGGGCCCAACUCCCCCUUCUACAAAGCCUUAAUUGAAUCUGGACUCGGCACAGACUUUUCUCCUGAUGUUGGAUACAAUGGCUACACACGGGAGGCCUACUUCAGUGUGGGCCUGCAGGGGAUCGCCGAGAAGGACAUUCAGAUGGUCCGAGACAUAAUUGACAGGACCAUUGACGAUGUCAUCAUGAAAGGAUUUGAAGAUGAUCGAAUUGAAGCUUUACUUCAUAAAAUUGAAAUACAAAUGAAGCAUCAGUCUGUCAGCUUUGGACUCGCCCUGACCUCUUACAUAGCUUCCUGCUGGAACCACGAUGGGGACCCUGUGGAGCUCCUGAAGCUGGGAAGUCAGGUGGCUCAGUUCAGGCAGUGCCUUAAGGACAAUCCAAAGUUUUUGCAAGAGAAAGUGAAACAAUAUUUUAAGAAUAAUCAGCAUAAGUUGACAUUAUCAAUGAAGCCAGAUGACAAGUAUUCUGAGAAACAAGCACAAAUGGAAACAGAAAAACUGCAACAAAAGGUCAGCACUCUUUCUCUGGAGGACAAGCAGCAGAUCUAUGACAAAGGUUUAGAAUUACAGACUCAGCAAAGCAAAGCUCAGGAUGCCUCAUGUCUGCCGGCGCUGAAGGUGUCAGACAUUGAGCCCAGAAUCCCGUUCACUGAGCUGGCGGUGUCCCUGGCAGCUGGAGACGUCCCUGUGCAAUACUGCGCCCAGCCCACCAAUGGCGUGGUCUACUUCCGGGCCUUCUCCAGCCUCAACACCCUGCCCGAGGAGCUCCGGCCCUACGUGCCGCUCUUCUGCAGCGUCCUCACUAAGCUGGGCUGUGGAGUCCUCGACUACAGGGAGCAGGCUCAGCAGAUAGAGCUGAAGACGGGUGGGAUGACCGCGUCUCCCCACGUGCUCCCCGACGACUCCCACCUGGACACCUACGAGCAGGGUGUAUUUUUUUCAUCUUUCUGCCUCGAGAGAAACCUACCAGACAUGAUGCACCUGUGGAGUGAAAUAUUUAACAGCCCAUGCUUUGAGGAAGAAGAACACUUCAAAGUGUUGGUUAAGAUGACUGCUCAAGAGCUGUCCAACGGAGUUCCAGACUCGGGGCACCUCUAUGCAUCCAUCAGAGCCAGCAGGACCCUGACGCCCGCGGGGGACCUGCAGGAGACCUUCAAUGGGAUGGACCAGGUGAGGUUGAUGAAGAGAAUCGCAGAAAUGACAGACAUCAGCCCCAUCCUGAGAAAGCUCCCGCGCAUCAAGAAGCAUUUAUUAAACUGCAACAAUAUGAGAUGUGCAGUGAAUGCGACCCCGCAGCAGCUGUCUCAGACGGAACGAGCAGUGGGAGACUUCCUCAGAAGCGUGGGGCGAAGCAAGAAGGAGCGGAAGCCGGUGCGCCCGCACGUGGUGGAGAAAGCUGUGCCUAACGGAUGUGGAGGAAGUGCACAUGUUAGUGGAUGCCAAGUCGUCAGAAAGCUGAUCACAGAGCCCACUUUCACGCCCUGCCAGAUGAAGACACACUUCCUGCUUCCAUUCCCCGUGAACUACGUCGGUGAAUGUGUCAGAACUGCCCCCUACACACACCCUGACCAUGCCAGUCUGAAGAUCCUGGCACGUUUGAUGACUGCUAAAUUCUUGCACACAGAAAUUCGAGAAAAAGGUGGUGCCUACGGUGGAGGCGCUAAACUCAGUCAUAAUGGAAUAUUCACCUUUUAUUCAUAUAGGGAUCCACGUUCCACAGAAACACUCCAGUCUUUUGCGAAGGCUGUGGACUGGGCCAAGUCUGGGAAGUUCUCACAGCAGGACAUUGACGAGGCCAAGCUCUCCGUAUUCUCUGCUGUGGACGCUCCUGUGGCUCCUUCGGACAAAGGGCUGGACCACUUCCUAUACGGCCUCUCAGAUGAGCUGAAGCAAGCGCACAGGGAACAGCUCUUUGCCGUCCACCGAGAAGGUCUCAUUGACGUGAGCAACAAGUACCUCGGUGUCGGGAGGAGCACCCACGGGCUGGCUCUGCUGGGACCAGAGAACACGAAGAUCGCCAAGGACCCGUCCUGGAUCAUCAGAUGACAAGGAGCUGCGGCUGUGCUCGGGACACGGCUAACGCGGCUCACAGGCCCCAGAGAAGCAAGCCGAGACAAGUUUAAUUUGGAAGGUUUUUCCCAAAUAUCUUCCUCAUUUAUUAAUCUUAAAAUUUUGCCAAAGGUAUGUAUGUACUUGCCUGUCAGGUCAUCCCCAAACUCUUCUAUCUUAAAGAAGUGGGUGAUCGUGAAGAAAUGGAAAUAAUCAUGUAUUAAAUGCCAGAGAUGCACAACUGUUGUAAGACUUUCUGAUAAUGAUAGAACAUUUAUUUAAAUACUUAAAAUAAAAGGCAACUCUGACCUACC